GAGGCGCGGGGCAGGCAGCCAGGGAGGGAGACGGGUGACAGAGGUCCGGGAGGCGGGGGUGCUGGGGACGGCGCCCCGAGUGGGAGCAGUUGCUGGCGCCCACGCCCCUCGGCUGGGACUCGACCCCCCGGGGUGGCAGCAGGGCUGCGUCUGACCGCACUCGCUUCUCUCCGGCCGCCUCGCAGUUGGACUUGAGCUGUUUUGGGAGAGCCCGGCCGCGACCAGGUCGGAUGGCGGCUAUGCGGGCAGCCAGAGUGACCAGGAGGCAGAUUCGGGCGUGUCUGACUCGGGGUGUCAGGACCCGGGAUGGGUCCCGGCCUGAAGAGGCCUCCCUCAAUGGAGUUUGGCCUGCUCAGCGAGGCGGAGGCACGGAGCCCUGCCCUCUCAUUGUCAGAUGCCGGCACUCCCCACCCUUCUCUUCCAGAGCACGGCUGCAAGGGCCAAGAGCACAGCGGUGAGCGCGCCCCCUUCUGGUGACUCGGAGAAGGCCUCGGCUUCGCUGCCUGGCGGCUCCCCGGAGGACGGCUCGUUGAAGAAGAAGCAGCGGCGACAGCGCACACACUUCACCAGCCAGCAGCUGCAGGAAUUGGAGGCUACUUUCCAGAGGAACCGCUACCCAGACAUGAGCACUCGCGAGGAGAUCGCAGUGUGGACCAACCUCACCGAGGCUCGCGUGCGGGUGUGGUUCAAGAACCGCCGCGCCAAGUGGCGGAAGCGCGAGCGCAGCCAGCAGGCGGAGCUGUGCAAGGGCGGCUUCGCGGCGCCGCUCGGGGGGCUGGUGCCGCCCUACGAGGAGGUGUACCCCGGCUACUCCUACGGCAACUGGCCGCCUAAGGCGCUCGGCCCGCCGCUCGCCGCCAAGACCUUCCCGUUCGCUUUCAACUCGGUCAACGUGGGGCCUCUGGCUUCGCAGCCCGUCUUCUCUCCACCCAGCUCGAUCGCCGCGUCCAUGGUGCCGUCGGCGGCGGCCGCCCCGGGCACCGUGCCAGGUCCGGGGGCCCUGCAGGGCCUCGGCGGGGCCCCCCCGGGCCUGGGUCCCGCCGCAGUGUCCACGGGGGCGGUGUCCUGCCCAUACGCCUCGGCCGCCGCCGCCGCCGCCGCCUCCCCGUACGUCUACAGGGACCCGUGUAACUCGAGUCUGGCCAGCCUGCGGCUCAAGGCCAAGCAGCACGCCUCGUUCAGCUACCCCGCCGUGCCCGGGCCGCCCCCGGCCGCCAACCUCAGUCCGUGUCAGUACGCCGUGGAGCGGCCUGUGUGAGCGGCCGGUGGAUACCCCCCGGGGGGCUGAGGCGGCGUGCUCGGCCGCCCUGGGACUGGGGUGGAGCGGAUUGGUUUGCUCCCCGCCUCGGGGUCUGAGAGGUGCUGGGGCAGCUGGGGGCGGGGGGCAAAGAGGCGGGUGCGGCGGACUUCGGAGACGGCCUUCCCCCUCCCGGCCCCGAGGGGUGGACUGGGCCCUACACGUAGUCCCGCGUCCCUGGGACUAAGGCCAGGAACAAGGGACCAGUUCCUCGGGGGCCAACUCACCCUUGGCCCAACACCGCCUUCUUCAGAUUUCCCCUGUCCCAUUUUCAAAGAUGAAUGAAUGAAAUAAACAUGCGCGGACUGUCAAAGGCCUGGUGAUUCAGAGUUGCGGUUGAGCUCUCUCCCCCUCCCUCAUCCUCUCUCAUGACUACUGGAGAGCUGGAUGUACAGGAAAAGAGGUGAGGGUCCAG